CAUCCUGGCAGUGUAGCAGUCCUGUCGUCUAGUAACAACAAUCUGCGCGCAAAAUGGCGAGCUCUACUGGAAGAAGUCGUUGGGACGAUAAAGGAAGCGCUAGUUUAGGCGGUGGCACUACUGCGGUAGCGUCAGGCCGCCAGAGUGACGAUGAGGAGCGGGAGUCUGCAAGCCCCGUCGACUCGGAGAAGCGAAAGCUUGGCGAUGAAGAAGGCGGCGACGAUGCAGCCAAGAAGCCAAAGAUUACCAUGGGGUUCUCCCGGACAUUCAGCAGCGCCAAGGCAACCGAAGAGAAGAAGCCGGGACCCGCACCGAUUUCCAUCAAGUUUGGGGGACCGAAAUCCAAAGAGCAGAAAGCACCAAUGAAGAAGAGUUCAAGCUUAUCCGUUGCCGAGGCCUUCAACCAAAGCAGUGAUGAAGAAGAGGAGAUGCCGCCUGAGGCAAAAAUGCGCAUGCGCAACAUUGGCAGGGACACCCCUACGUCUGCUGGCCCCAACUCGUUUGGCAAGACUCGCAAGGGAUUUUGUGAUGUAAAGAAAGUUUUCGAGAGAGACCUGAAAAGCAAAAUGAAUGAAGUAGCAGAUUAAAGGAAGCUUUUUACAUACACUCAACAAGUGAGCUAGGGAAUCACUUUGUUGCCGGCUUGCAUUUGUUGAGAUUAAUUGGUAUUGUCUGCUUCAUUGUUUGGCCAUCAUGCCUCAUCUAGAUGGCAUGACCAUUGUAAAAAAAUAAAAGCAUGUAAAAGUCAGGACCAGGAAAAAAAAAAAGAAUGCUCACAUCCCAUUCAUUGGAAUGGUAGUAGCGUUACCCUAGAAAGCACUGCAAUAUAUUUUGUAAUUUUCUGCUUUUGGUCUGUAAAUAAACAUAUCAAAAUCUCCGAA